AAAUUAGAGGCUGCUGAAAGUUACCGAGUGCGCAGCUGAAAGGUGGAUCCUGGUUCUAGUGAAACAAGCUUCUUCCCGCAUGGUGCUCGGAAAGAAAAGCUAUGCAGAAAAAGAGUUACCUUACUUUAGAAACUUUGAACAUUUUCAGUGUCAGUGCGCUCACACAGCCACUCAGUUUGCUUUCCGCUGCUUACACGGCACAUGUUUAUGUCCUACACGACUGCUAGAGUUGAUUAGCUUAGGCUACAUAAAGCAUUGUCGGAGGAAACAGAGUGGAAAACGGGGACAGUUUUACACCGUUCGUUCUGUCUCAUAUUACAGAGACUCGAAAAAAAGAACUUUUAACAAAUCCAGCAUUUUUAACGGCUAUCAACGGAUUCCUGUGGUUCCGGUUCGGCACAUCUCAGGACUGACUUCUAUUCACACAGCCAGCUAGAAUUGUAAAAUAAAAUAAUUUUCUUAAAAAUUAAAAACUACUGUGUGGAACUGAACUGGAGAGCAAGCAGGCGCACUCUCAUUGACAUUAUUAAUUAUGGUACAGAAGACAAGUAAUGCGGAGAGCUCCGAGGCUGUGUUCGAGGGAGAGUCGUCUGAUUCCGGAGCUAUGGACCUGGACAUGGCAUCCUCACCGAGCCCCGGAUCCACGGCUUCUUCCGCGGGGGAAGGCAAACUGAACCCCGCCUGGUGCAAAACACCCACCGGUCACAUCAAGAGGCCGAUGAACGCUUUCAUGGUGUGGUCACAGAUUGAAAGGCGUAAAAUUAUGGAGCAGUCACCGGACAUGCACAACGCGGAGAUAUCCAAGAGACUGGGCAAGCGCUGGAAGCUACUGAAAGACUGCGACAAGAUCCCCUUCAUACGAGAGGCGGAGCGGCUCAGACUCAAGCACAUGGCGGACUACCCAGACUACAAGUACCGGCCCAGAAAGAAGGUGAAGUCCAGCAGCUCCAAACCGGGGGCCGAGAAGGAGGGAAAGAUCAGCGGUAGCAACUGUAACACCAGCAUGAAACCAGCUUCUAAAAAGAGUGGCUCAAAAUCAUCCAGCAAACCUCAUAAAAUAGUUUUUGGGAACAGCAGCAAAACACCAUCAUUCCCAGAACAAGUCAUCGGCACAGAUCACCAUUCUCUUUACAAAUCCAAGUCUGUUUCUGCUGCCAAACUAAUACCUGACAAGAAGAAGCGUAUGUAUGUGUUCGGGGGCAGCAGCCUUAGCCACAGUGUGAGCCCGUCUUCAGCAGCGGUGCCCGCCAGUCCCACACUCAGCAGCUCCGCGGAUUCCAGCGAACCACUCAGCCUGUACGAGGACGCGACAGCCAGCAGCAGGCAGGGCGGCGAGUCUCCCUCCAGCGCCUCGGAAGACUACACUACUAUGCGGGCGUCCUCCCCCACUCCCUCCGCUUAUCACUCCUCGUCCUCCUCCCAAUCCUCUUCAUCAGAUGAGGAGUUUGAGGAUGAUCUACUGGACAUUAACUCUAGCCCUGGUUUUGACAGCAUGUCUCUGGGAAGCUUUGGGUCCUCGGUUUUGGACAGAGACUUGGAUUUUAAUUUCGAGUCGGCCGGUUCUCACUUUGAGUUUCCUGACUACUGCACCCCAGAGGUGAGCGAGAUGAUUUCAGGAGACUGGCUAGAGUCGACCAUUUCUAAUUUGGUGUUCACGUAUUGAGCGAGAGAAAUAGAGAACGAGAAAACCCACAAGCAGGAAAUGUUGUCUUACUAUUCUGAGCAAAAAGGGAUUCCGGUAAAGUGAUUUUGUGUCAUACCGUAACCUACAAAGGGUCCCUCCUGCCGAGAAAGAGACUGCAAGUCCCCACGCGCUGACUGUUGAACAAAGCGAGAGAAUAACUUGCUUUUAUUACAAGAAUCAACUGUCGACUGUUAUUAUGAGACAUGGCUACAAGUAAGCUGAAGUAUUGCCUCGACUGGAGAGGAAGAUAUUGUUGCGCUCUGAGUAGGAGUGAUCGGGUCCUAUUGAAAGAAACACACGAUCAGAACUGGAAAACUGUGAUUGAUUUGCACGAUUAUAAUGAUGGCGGGUUUAGGUCAGCUAUACUUUAUUAAUCAAUGUGAGUUACUUAAAAGGGACAUGUUGAGAAACGUUUUAUGAUCGCCAAGUGAACUUCAUAAGACUUAUUACAGAGGUACAGAAAUCGGCUGGAUGUCUGGACAGUUUUUGGUUUUGUUGUCAUCGAGGCAGAUGGAUUUGUGAACCAGGUCUUGUUAUGAUGUUUUCCCUCACCGUCUGUUUCCUUCGCUGAAAGAAGGGCUAGACUUUUCACUCUUGAUUUUUUUAUAUUUAAAUGUAGACUUUUGACACUUAAAGAGAGGAAACAUUUGUUUAUUUUGUCAGUGUAUUUUUGUACAGAUAUAUAUCAAAGGGGGUGUCAAUCGGUGUAUAUCGCUGUUUGGAUUUCCUCAUGUUAAAGAUCCAGGUGGCCGGUUAUCUCAUGAAUCGGCCUUCUGUCCAUGUUUACACUAUCAAUCUGCAGGCUUCUUAAAGACACAGUACCACAUUUCAAUACCCCUGUGAACAUGCGCUUCAACUCACACACACACAUACACACACACAGUAUUUUGAGCAGGCACACUUCUUGCAUUUCAUUUUAGAAUCUUGCCUACUAAUAAAGAAAGAUUGUAGCUUUAAAUGAACAAUUUCUUGGUGUUUUUAUAUCGACAUUCGUGUUUUAAAACCACUGGAUGGAAGAAUAUAAAGUCAUAUUCAAAUUGCCUAUUUUGAGUUCCCGCAAACAACAAUUAGGUAGAGACCUUCUGCUUUUCUCAUUGUAUUUGAAUAUGUCAUCUUUUCUACUUGUUCGCUAACUCUAGCUAAUUGUUUUAGUAUCUUAUGGCAUGGUGAAUGAAUAGUAUUUUGUAUUUCAGAUUCAGGUUAUAGCUGUUGUGUUUAUAUAUAUAAAAAAAUAUAUAAAAAAAGAUUAAAAAAAUAAAAAAAGAUAAGAAAAAUGAGGAUAAAACCGUGAAAACAUCUUUGUACAUUUGACUGUGUAUCAUAAGCAACAAAUAUUGUGUGUUUUAUGUGUAGUUAAGCUAUACCAUGACAGGCACUAGAACUGAUCGCUUUCUACUAUCUUUACUUAUGUUUAAGGUGGUUGUUCAGGAUUUUUUUUUUUUAUAUAUAUAUAUAUAUAUAUAUAUAUAUAUAUACAGUUUUAAAUAUAUUAACUUUAUUUUCAUCCCAUUUCUGUGCAAUAUGCUGUGUAGAAUAUUGUUUUGUCUAAUCAUUGCCAUAGCAACAGUUUUGAAAAGGGGGACUCAUGCCAGCUAAUCGUGUCAAUUCACUGCCUGUCAGAUUGUUGAUAAUUCUGUACAUAACUUUUUUUUUUUCAUUUUUUUUUUCAAGAAGGAAAUAAAUAUCAGCUGGAACUGAAACACA